GCAGUACCAAGUUAAAGGCAGAAACAACACAUUGGGAGAAGAAAGGUUGGUUUUGCAGGUCUGUAAUUUUCUUCUAAAAAGUGUUUUAAUUAUGACAAGCAGAUGUGGAGCAGAGUUGUAUUAAUGUUGAAGUAAACCCGGAUUUGAGCGUGUUUGUUGAACGUCACCUGAGCUGCAGGAGCUUGUUUCUGUCCUUCACGUGAUCCGUGUUUACGUCCUGUGAUACACGUGGGGACGAUCACAGCUACCGGCAAGCGGUCCACAUGCCGACACGCCGACACAGUAGCCGAGGGGAACACUUCUGCUGACCGCAGAAGUCAUGAAGGAGUUUUUGAGGAGGAUGCACGACGUGUUUGUCAAGGUGGCUCUGUUUCCGAGCCGCCUGGGCAGGACGGGUGUGCGGCCAGCGGCCUCGGAGGUGUUGACCUGCCACCUGCUGCAGCGCAGACUCCCCCCCUGGACCUCCUUCUGUGUCCGCUACAGCUCCGUCCACAACGACCAGUUCGGACGGUCCAACUUUAACUGGACAGUUCAAGGAUGCAACUACCAGAUACUGAGGACAGGCUGCUUCCCCUUUGUGAAGUAUCACUGCACCAAAGCGCCUGUGCACGACCUGGACUUCGAGGACAGGUUCUUCACCAUGCUGAAAGUUAUUAAUCUGGGUAUCCCUUGCUUGGCCUAUGGGAUUGGCUGCUGGAUGGUGGUUGGAGCUAAGGAAACAGUACAGACAAGUGUUGGACCUGUCACUGUAUAUUUUGCUUACAAAGAAGAAGAGGGUGCACAGUACUAAUACAGAAAGGGGACUAUCUUGAAUGUCGAUUAAAGAACGUUGUCUCUGGAGCUACUGCUCUUGGUGAAGUUUUCCCACGACUAUUGACAACAGUGCCAUCCCAUGUUAUUCGCAGUCUUCUUAGACUGCACAGGUUGAGUUGUAGUAUAUAUUUAAAUAUGCAAAUAUUAAAUGUUUAAAGAUUAAUUUAAGGACUCACCUUUAUUGUAAAAUGUUUCUUGCAACCGUAAUAAAG